AUGGAGCAAACGUUCUACGAGGACACGGGCGUCUACGUCGCCGUGAAUCGCGAGAACAACGUGGGCCAGUUGAAGCGUAACCUGACGCUCGACUUGAACGGAUGCCAGCGACAGGGGCCUCAGGCGAAGAGGCCGCGUCUCGGGCCUCUGCCGCCUGCGUUAAACAACGUAACCCCGAUAUUAAGCUCACCGGACUUGAACAUGCUGAAACUCGGCUCGCCGGAAUUGGAGAAGCUGAUUAUCGCCCAGCAGGAUAGCUUGGUAACGAAUUUGCCGACGCCUACGCAGAUUCUCUUCCCAAAAGCGGUCACCGAGGCCCAAGAGUUGUACGCUCGAGGUUUCGUCGAUGCUCUGAACGAGCUGCAUCAUUCGGACAGCUCGCAGGAGCCUGGUAGUCUUCACGGAGCUACGUACACGACCUUGGAACCGCCAAACAGUGUGCAAAGCACGGAAUCCUCGGUAAGUCAAGGUUUGGUUCAGAUCAAGGACGAGCCACAAACUGUGCCGAGCGUGUCGAGUUCACCGCCGAUGUCGCCUAUCGACAUGGAGAAUCAGGAAAGGAUCAAGCUGGAGAGGAAACGUCAGAGGAACCGCGUGGCCGCGUCCAAGUGCCGCAGGCGCAAGCUCGAGCGCAUCUCCAGGCUGGAGGACAAGGUUAAGUUGUUGAAGGGCGAGAACAGCGAAUUGAGCGCGGUGGUGCACAGGCUGAAGGAGCACGUGUGCCGGUUGAAGGAGCAGGUGAUGGACCACGUGCAUUCUGGUUGCCAGAUCAUGGCGGUCUCGGGUCAGUUCUGA